AUGGCAAACCCAUCUGAAAAACCUUCUUCACCACCCAAAGAAUUAUCACCUACACCUUCAACCACACCUUCAAACACACCUAUAUCUAAGAAAGGAAGGUCCAAUAUGAUUGCUCGUAAGACAACCGAUGGCAGUGAACAAAUCAAGAAAAUAAAUGAGAAAUUGAAAGCAAGCCAAGCAGAAGAACCCCAAAAAUCAGAAGAAUCUUUUAAGUCUACAACUGAGGAGGAAGAAAUUGUUUCAUCUGAAAUAGAACAAGUAAUAUCUGGCUUCGGUGCUUCACCACGAGAGCUACCUCCAGUACCGCCUGGAAACCAGCCAGCUCGAGUUCGAGCUCAAGGAGCAGGUCCGGAAGACAGACAUGUAUAG